UGAGGCAGUGCCCGCCCCGAGCCCCGCACCGGAGCCSARCGGAGCCCAGCGGAGYCGCUCGCCGGGGAGCGCACGGCGCGGCUCGGGACGCAACAUGAGCGCGGCCAGGUCCUUGCGAGUGCUGCUCGCCGUGUCCGUGGGGCUCUCGCUGCUGCUGRUCGUGUCCAGUGACUUCUGUGACGUGAACCACUGUCAGAAUGGGGGCACCUGCCUGACUGGGAUUAACGAGGCCCCCUUCUUCUGCAUCUGCCCCGAGGGCUACGUUGGGAUUGACUGCAAUGAGACRGAGAAAGGCCCCUGCCACCCCAAUCCUUGCCACAACAAUGGUGAAUGCCAGCUGGUCCCAAACCGAGGGGACGUCUUUACUGACUACAUCUGCAAGUGCCCCGCGGGGUACGAUGGGGUGCACUGCCAGAACAGUUUGGGGUUGCCUCCUGAGCUCCCCCACUCUCUCCUAGACCAGAAUGAGUGCUCCUCCCAACCUUGCAAGAAUGGAGGCACCUGCCUGGACCUGGAUGGUGACUACGCCUGCAAAUGUCCUUCUCCAUUCUUGGGGAAGACCUGCCACGUCCGCUGUGCUGUUCUCCUGGGCAUGGAAGGAGGAGCCAUCUCUGACGCCCAGCUCUCAGCAUCCUCUGUCUACUACGGCUUCCUUGGCCUCCAGCGCUGGGGCCCAGAGCUCGCCCGCCUCAACAACCACGGCAUCGUCAACGCCUGGACCUCCAGCAACUACGACAAGAGCCCCUGGAUCCAGGCCAACCUGCUGCGGAAGAUGCGGCUGAGCGGGAUCAUCACRCAGGGUGCACGCCGUGUGGGGCAGCAGGAGUUUGUCCGUGCCUACAAAGUCGCCUACAGCCUGGAUGGGAGGGAGUUCACCUUCUUCAAGGAUGAGAAGCAGAAUGUAGACAAGGUUUUUGAGGGGAACAUGGACUAUGGCACCAUGAAGACCAACAUGUUCAACCCUCCCAUCACGGCCCAGUUCAUCCGCAUCUACCCCGUCAUGUGCCGCCGCGCCUGCACGCUGCGCUUCGAGCUCAUCGGCUGCGAGAUGAACGUGUAUUUCAACACGGCAGGUUGCUCCGAGCCCCUGGGCAUGAAAUCCCGCCUCAUCUCCGACCAGCAGAUCACAGCCUCCAGUGUCUUCAAGACCUGGGGCAUCGAUGCCUUUACCUGGCACCCUCAUUAYGCCCGCCUGGACAUGACGGGCAAAACCAACGCCUGGACAGCCCUGAACAACGGCCAGUCCGAGUGGCUGCAGAUCGAUCUSCGGGACCAGAAGAAGGUGACAGGCAUCAUCACGCAAGGAGCCCGCGACUUUGGGCACAUCCAGUAUGUGGCAGCCUACAAGGUGGCCUACAGUGACAACGGCACGUCCUGGACGCUGUACCGGGAUGGMCAGACAAACAGCACCAAGAUCUUCCAUGGCAACAGUGACAACUACUCCCACAAGAAGAACGUGUUYGACGUGCCCUUCUACGCCCGCUUUGUCCGCAUCCUGCCCGUGGCCUGGCACAACCGCAUCACCCUGCGCGUGGAGCUGCUGGGCUGCGAUGAGUAGGCACGGCCAGGAAGGACGGGGCUGCUCUUCCCCGCUGCCCAGCCUGCUCCCUGCCUGCCCUGCCYGCUCCUGCUCUGGCCUCACACCCCCCUGUCCACGUCCCCACGCUCAGGAGGCGGCCGAGAGGGCUCCCCUGCCCCGCCGUGGUGCUGGGGCUGCAGCACUGCACUUUAUGGGGUCCUUGAAGGUGGGAUGUGGGGAUGGCUCCUGCCCUUCUGCUGCUCCAGCCAGGGCUGAGACCCCCUCCUGCAAAGGGGGGACACCAUCCUGCAAAUGGGGCCUUGCUGGGGGACCCUGUCCUGCAAAUAGGGCUUGGCUUUGUCUUCUCAGCUAYGCCCGGGGACAAAUUUUCUCCCCCUUCUUGCUUCUGCUUCCAGCAGAGAGGUGCAGCCAGUGGCAGUCCCUGGCCUGAACUGGGUUUUGGGGCUCAGCAGCCUUUGGGGUGUUAGGGCAGGCACCCCUGGCUUGCAGCCUCUGCUGUCCCUCCUGCUUCCUGCUUGUCUGCAAGCAGGGGCUCUGAAAAWCCCCUGAAAAAACUCAGCUGUUGUCCCCUUUUGCCAGGCCCUGGGUCUCCUUGCCUGCAGUGUCAGCACCACAGAGUGCGAGGGGAGUGAUGAGAUGGCUCCUGGCAAGAGGCACCAGACCCCCACCGAUGGUGGCUCUGUCCUCUGGGCACUCUGGCAGGUGCCACAGCUGGCAUUUUGGCAGGCCCUACCCAUUCCCCUUCCUGGGAUGCCAGCUCCAGCAUUUUCCCAAGUCUCAGCACUGCCGUCAUCCCCAGCUUAUUGUAGUUUGGGGUGCCUGGAGGUCCCUUAUCCUCAGAGCCCAGUGGUGACCAGGGGGACUGUGAUCUGGUAGCAGGGCGAGUUGGUUUGUAGCCACAAGGAUGUGGAGAAAAGAUGGGAAAGGUGGUAGUGACACCACCCAAAUGCAGCAGGCAGAGAGCCGUGCCAUGACCCUUUUUGUAACCUGAUUUUUUUUUCCCUUUCCAUGGUGGGGGGGAGCCUCUUGCAACGCUGGAGCCCUCGGGGUUAGCAGCAGGAGAUGAGUGAGCCCCGGGUGGGAGCAGGGGAGGGUCCAGGCUGGCAGCAAUGCUUCCCCUGCCUGCUGGUGUGUGAAGUGGCCAUGGGGCUGGGCUGGCAGUGGGCUCACUGUGGCAAGGGCUGAGGGAGCCCGGGUGGGAUGGCAGUGAUGGCCCCGCUCUGGGGUGUCUCUGACAGUAUUAAAACCAGCUGAAACUUU